CCAACACCCCCUCCUCCUUUUCAACCUUCUUUCUUUCUCUCUCUUCAACCAUCCCAACUUUCAGAGGGGCAAAAACAGAGCACAUUAUUUUGUUCAAAAUCUUCACUUUUGGUUCAUUUUGACAACUGCGUAAUGGCUUCUACUUCAUUGAAGUGUGGUUCAUAUUUUUCUGGGUUCAAUGAGACUAUGUUGAGCUCCCACUCCAACAAAGCUUCCUGGUUUUCGACAUCAUCCACUUCUGUAGAUUCCAAGGCUUCUUCAUCAUCAAAAAAGGUUCCUGUUUUAACCUUUGAUUUUUGGGGGAAACCACUUGUUGUCCCAGAUCAGAAUGGUUCAAGAAACUGCACCACCAAACCUGAAAACAAAUUCUCGGUUCAAGCUGAAACAAACUGUGUGAGCCGAUGUAUGAGAUGGUGGGAAAAAAAUCUUAAACCCAACAUGGUCAAGAUCCACUCUGCUCAAGAACUUGUAUGUUCCUUACAAAAUGCUGGUGAUCGAUUGGUCAUUAUCGACUUCUAUUCACCCGGUUGUGGUGGUUGCAAAGCCCUCCAUCCUAAGAUCUGUCAACUGGCUGAACAGAAUCCAAAUGCGAUUUUCCUUGAAGUUAACUAUGAAGAACUGAAGAAGAUGUGUCAAUGUCUCAAUAUUCAUGUCUUACCCUUCUUUAGGUUCUAUAAAGGUGCUGAAGGGCGAGUCAGCAGCUUCAGCUGCACCAAUGCUACGAUCAAGAAAUUCAAAGCUGCAUUGGCAAAUCACGGAUCGGAUGAAUGCAGCCUUGGCCCUGCCAAAGGUUUGGAUGAGUCUGAGGUGAUGAAACUAGUAUCAGCUGGUGAAUUGUCAUUAAGUAGUUUACAAUCACCUUCCUUGAACGAUUCCAUGUUCAUGAGAACCAUGGAACUGUCUGGUAUAUUGAACAAAGCAGAUAAUAAUCGGAUAAUGCUCCAAAAAGAGGGUGCUCUGCUAUAGGUUUUGAUAUGAAACAAAUCUAAGAGUGUUGUUAUGGAAGUGGAUAAAAAUGGAUCCACCCUCCAAUUUUGAUAUUGGAAGAUCUCAAUUUCCCCAUUUUUAUACAUCAUUAUCAUUAUUAGCUGGGUUAUUCAUAAGCAGGCUUCUGGGUGUUUUUUUUAAUUGAAUCCUGCAAAUGCUACAAUGAUUGCUAUUGAUGUGUCCUGUAUUUUUGUUUUCAAUGUGUACAUGAUAAUAAAUUAUAUGUAUUAAAUGUAAUCAUAUUGAUUGAA